AUGACCGAGGGGCAUCGUGUUCUCCACCUCCAGGCCUGCCCCAGCGUCCGAAGAGCCCAGGCAAGAGCGCAGACCAGGCCUUGUGCCGUGUAUCUGAACAUCCGACGUCACAGAUCAAGCCGGCAUUGCGUAAGAGGGGCGUAUCUUACCCACCCACCUUCACAGAUACGCCCACGAGGACCUGAAGGCGGGCAUCACAUUGGGCACGUGGCCUCUGCUCCAGGCCUCGUGCCCUUCUCACCCCUGGAUGACCAGGUCCCACCACUGGGACUCUCGCACACCCACGUGUGGACACCCCCAUGGUUUAUCUGCACUCGAAUGUGGGACCACCCGGUCCACCAGCCGCCACCUCACCGUGAUUCCUCUCCACCCUGGCUGCACAUCUCCACUGCUCCUGCCGUCUGGGGGCGUGCCCAGGAGUGCAAUGGCGCGGUCCUGGGGGGACUCCGCGCUUCACUUUUGGGAGGACCCGUCCGGCUCGUUUCCAAAGUGGCUGCACCACUUUGCGUUCCCACCAGCAAAGGCGCAGGGGCUCCGACUGUUCCUCGUCCACGGCGACACCCUGGCCUGCUCCCUGCCCUCCUGGUCCUCAGGGCCAGAGCCCCUUGUUCAGGCCAUGCGGCCAGCACCGACCCUGCAGACCCCCUGAGGCCUGUGUCCUGCCUGCAGGUGGCUGGGAGCGGCCAGGGCCUCCCCCGUCCCGGCUCUGCUCCCCGCUACGUGGCAGAGACAGAAGGCAAGGCAUGGACGUGA